CAGACGAGAUGCCGAGGCGGGUUGCCAAAACUCAUCCCGUGUCAUACUCUGCCUAAAUGCACGUAUGGAUUCGCAGCUCAAAUGGACCUUUCAAAGGUAAUCUACUGCUAUUAAUUACAUGUACGGCUAUUAUACACACGCCCACACCUUGAUGGGCGCAAAAGAAAGAAACAGAGAGAAAAGCGAUGGAUUGACUGGGUCCAUCCAGCAAACGGUCCAGAAUAUCAUCCUAAAUCUCACCAGGCAGACGGGGAUCGGCCCGCCCAUUGGCUAGGCCGCGGUUCCAUUCCAAGAGAACAGGACAAGUAUCUACAAGUAAUAGCCUACGGUACCACUCCAUCGGGUACAAGGAACAGUCUGUAAUUUCUUCUUCUCUAUUCUCGCUCAUCUGUCACUUAUUAGUCUCGGCCUUUUUUUGUCCCCUUUCACAACUGACAAUAGUACCUCUGUCUUGUGGCGCCGCUGCCCUGUUUCUAGAAGUCAGCGUCGGCGCCCGUAGAGUGUCUCAAUUCCAGGAUUCGCAGCGCCACCAAAAGCAAAUCAAUCAUAUGUAUCUUUCGUGAUUCCAGUCCCUCCCAUUUUCUUACAUGCAACGACGCUAUUUCGGCUGACUGCCUGGUUUCCCUGCUGCAUGACCAUGGCCUUUGCGCCACCGAAAUGACAAGCGGGAUAAGAGGGAAAAGGUGGCUUGAUCUGAUUUCUCACCGAAGUCCCCCAAUAAGGAGCUCGGCUCAGCCUUGCUGCUUCGCC